AUGAGAUCCUUCUACUGUCUCCUCAUCGUUUUCUUUUCCCUCCUCAUCCAAAGCUCCUACGCAAGUUAUCCUAUGGUCGAAGAGGAAGAACCUCACGUGGCCGUGGCACCGGUUCAUGUGGCACCUGCACCGGUUGUGGUUCGUCAGCCGGUCAUAGCAGCGCAACCAGUUGUUUCAGUACCAGUUCCGCAACCAAUUGUUCCGGUCCACCAUCACCCUCGUACAGAACUCCGCAAUGUUGUGAGUCACUAUGCUAAGGAAACUGGUCACACGUCCGCCACUGACAUAGUUUCCGGAGAUCAUCAUGCUUUCGAUGGUAUGCACUUCCCCAAUGGAAAUUUUAUCGGCGACCAUUUCGGGCAUGAUGGACCGUGGAAGAAGGCUCGUCUUCAUCGUCAGAAAUUGGCUUCCAAGAAAACUCUCCGAAAGCAGAAAUCUCUUGUGAAGAAGAGGAACUAA